GUGUAAGCUGCUGGGAAAUUGAAAAUUUCUUACCCAAUGCAGUCGAAGAAGCACUCAUUGGCAAGUUCUAUCAAGCUGAUUGCUACAUUUUGCUAAAGACUUUCAUUGAUGAGUCCAGCAGUCUCAGCUGGAAGAUUUGGUAUUGGAUCGGCAAUGAUGCCACGCUUGACAAGAAGGCUUGCUCAGCCAUCCAUGCAGUGAAUCUUCGCAAUUUACUGGGUGCUGACUGCCGAACGAUUCGGCAAGAACAGGGAGAUGAAGAUGAAGAUUUCCUGGCUCUGUUUGAAAGUGGCAUUUCUUACAUAGCCGGUGGAAGGACUGCUAGUGGUUUCUACACUGUAGAAGAUAUGGAGCCAGAACUCAGACUGUAUCGAGCAACCGGCACCCAGUCGGUACAUAUGGAAAGAUGCCCCCUGCUGGUGGAAAUGCUCGAUCCCAGACAUGUCUUCCUAUUGGACGCUGGCCAAAAGAUCUUUGUUUGGAAUGGCAGCAAGUCUAAUCUUGUCACACGUACAAAAUCUAGACUGAUUGCUGAGAAAAUCAACAAGAAUGAAAGAAAAGGAUCAGCAGAGAUCAUCCAGUUUUCCCAGGGCAAAGAAACUUUUGAUUUCUGGAAGGUGUUUGGUGUGUCCCCAGAAAAUGUACAAAUCAAGCCCACUCCACUGUCUGACAUUCCACCUGCUGACCCACGAUUGUACAGAGUUGGUCUCGGCAAAGGUUAUCUAGAGCUUCCACAGGUUCAUAUCCCCAAAAACCGAUUGGUGAACUCCCUGCUAGACACAAAAUGUGUAUAUAUUUUGGACUGCAUCACUGAUGUCUUUGUUUGGAUUGGUAAGAAGUCGACAAGGUUGGUUCGAGCUGCUGCUCUUAAGUUAGCGCAGGAGUUGCAUGACAUGAUAGAUCGACCUGAAUUUGUCACAAUUUAUCGCUGCCUAGAAGGAACGGAACCUCAGAUUUUUAAAACAAAGUUUGUGGGAUGGGAUGAUGUCUUGCCCGUUGAUUACACUAGGACUUCUGAAUCUAUCACCAGGAGGGGAGCAGACUUAAAGGUUAUAAUGGAGAAGGACAAGAUGCAGACAGACCUGUCAGCCCUUUUCAUGCCACGACAGCCGCCCAUGACAGAGGAAGAAGCUGAGCAACUAUCAACAGAUUGGAAUGAAGAUCUUGAUGGCAUGGAGUCAUUCGUUCUAGAGAACAAAAAGUUUGUUCGUCUUCCUGAUGAGGAGUUGGGCGUCUUUUACACUGAGGACUGUUAUGUGUUCCUGUGCCGUUACUGGGUGCCACCAGAGUUGCCUGAAGGAGAAGAGGAAGUUGAUGAGGAGGAUCUGCCAGAGGAUGAGUUCAAAUGCAUCGUGUAUUUUUGGCAAGGGAGAGAUGCAUCCAACAUGGGAUGGCUCACUUUCACAUUCAGUUUGCAGAAAAAAUUCCAAACUUUGUUCGGUGACAAGCUGGAGGUGGUGAGACAGCAUCAACAGCAGGAGAAUCUGAAGUUCCUCUCUCACUUCAAGAGAAAGUUUAUCAUUAGAACUGGGCGACGUCCCGCAGGUCGUCCAGCAGGGUCAGAAAAGGUUAAACCCACUACAGAGUUCUUUCAGCUCAGAGCAAAUGGUAGCCCUAUUGCAACAAGAUGUAUUCAGCUGGAGAAACCUGAUGCCACUUGGCUUUGUCCUCGUUUCUG